AUGCUGAAGCGGGUGCGGUUGGGCCUGGAGCCAGAUAGAAAUGAGCGGCAAGGAAAGGAGUUUGAGGAGCUGGUGAAAGCACUGGCAGACUUAUCUGGAUCUACCGCCAUCUCAGAGCUAAAGUUCAGAUGUGGCAUCUGCAGGGAGUCCUACAAGAUCUGUGGGGACAGGAGUGCGUCCGGAAGGAUAACCUACUUUAAGAAAGUUCAUUUCGACAACUGCAGUCGGAAAAGGAGUGAAGCUGAAAAGGAAGCAAAGAGUAGUUCUAAGAUCACCAUGUUCUUGAAGGUCAAGCCCCAGUCAAACGUCGGCAGUUCAGCGGAUGAGGAUAUCGACAGGAUCUGUGACCUGGACGGCGUGGACAUGGUGGCUCCCGAGUUGGAGGACGAAUCUGUAAUAAGGUCAGAUAUCGAUACAACUUUUGCUGUGGACAUGGACAUAGACGAGAACCUGGUAGCUUUGGAAGAUCACAAGUUAGCAGACCCGACAGACACUGCUUCUCCGUGUAAAGAGGAAUUCGAUACAGCUGGCAACACUUCGACCCAGGAGGACUCCGAUGAUGAAUCACAUGAAUAUCGAUUUUUCCCCUUUACUAUCCAGCAACCAGACCCACUGGCCAAAAAGCUGCAGGAUCUCAUCGAUCAGGGAAAGAUUCCAGAGGACUGUAUUAUGUACAAAUUUCUGGACAACACAACAUCAUAUGCUCUCUUGGAUCCAAAAACUAAAUCCGACUUCAAAUGGGAUACUGAUGUGCUAGAGUUCUUUGAAACGAUCAAGUACUUGGGUGGUGAAAGAACUGCAAAUUUCAUUUGCGGGCCUGGAUUUCAUGGAACAGGGAGAGGUGGUACAAAGGAGUUCAAAACAUAUGCUGACUUUAAUUUGGGGGGUCCAUCUGAGUACGCAACAAGAAAGUGUCAUGCUGGAUACACAACUAAAAGUGGUGUAAUCAAACAAAUCCUGCAGUCGUUUUAUUCCUUAACGUCUCAUCCAGCUGCUCAAGUCUCGCCAAUCAUCUCGUCUCCUGUUGUGAAUGUAAUACCUGUCUCACUUGCUAGUGAUGGUACCGCAUUAAAAGCAGGUUUAGAGUUCGACACAGUUUCAAAAGAAAUCGUUGGAGCUACUUUCAACAUUGACAAAAGAUAUGUGGUCGAGCAUCCUGACUCGGAGACUGAAGAAAUGAAAAAACACAUAAAGGAAACCUUGAUAACAGAAGUCAAUGUAACAUACAUGACAUCUCUAGAUUCUGGAGCCAGUAUACCUGUAGCAGUUCAUUACAUGAACAAGUCAACAACCGGAGACCAAAUGAUUCGUCUGUACACAAACAUUGUUGAAAUGGUCCAAACGUGUUCGAAAUGUCUAACAAACACAGAGUCGUUCGACCAUGUUAUUGAACAUAGCAACUGCAGCAGCUACUGCAAUGUGUGCUUAGACACACAAACUGUUUGCCCCAAAUGCCGAGAGGUUGGCCAGGUGAGCUACCAUCCAUCUCUACGAGCAUGUGACGUGUGCGUGGAAUCAAAAACCAAAUGUAGCAAACUAGCUGUUCUGCUGUUGACAAGUGACUGUGAGGAAAAGAACAAGGCAGCACUAACCUAUUUUCAGGGUGAAAGAAAUACAAACUACAACCUGUCCAUGCUCUCUUCCAUCCCAGAUGCAGUACAUGUCGGCAAAAGCUUGAAGUGUAGUUGGGCAAACUGGUUUGUAUUGUUUAAAGGAGAGCGAAGUAAUCUGGUUUUGCUCCGAACACUUCGUGACCAUGCCGAGCCAGAAGUUCGUUCGGUACUUCGCAAGAAUCUGACCCUUGAGUGUGUGCGCAACAAAGACCGGAUGGCAGUGGAGCCAAUAGUGAAACUUACACGACCAGUCAUUCUACAGACCCUGGCAUCAAUUGAUAAAGUUGUCCAUACUAUACUGCCUGAAACCUACAGAUUUUGGAAAACGAAUGUACCUGGUACCUACCAACACCCAGUCGCUGUGUGUUGUGGCCCUGCUGGCAAUCUCCUCGUCAUCAACUUCCAUCAAACACAUGGGCAAUUGCUGCAACUCCGGCUUCACAAUCCAGUUGAUGUGACUGUCCUUAGAAAAGAUCUGUCCAAGCCCAUUGACGUCUGCUAUGCCUCAGGACUGGCGUUUGUGGCAGAGCAAGGACACCGAUCAAUGAGGUAUGUGGACAUACAGUGUGCCAGAAUGAAAGUUUCAUCACUGAAGACAAGGGCACAGCUAGAAGAACAACUCAGAAGCUUGGAUAUGCCAAUCAAUGGAAACGUUGGUGUCCUGAGAGAACGUCUCAAAGAAGUUGUGAAAACAACAAAGACCAGUGGAAACCGUGGGAUAUUGGAGCUGUCACCGGAAGGAAUCGUCCCAGCAGCACUUGCCAGCAUAGACGAUGAUACACUGCUCUGUGCUGAUGACAAGAAGAAGCAGAUCAAUUUUAUUCAACUUAGUAUCACCUGUGUUAGCGUCGGAGGCCAAGUCAUGAAGUACUAUGACUAUCCACGUGGUGUGUUGACUGGUUUGUCAUUGGACUCCCGAAAUGACAUUGUGUACUUGGCAAGUAAUCUUGGCCUCCACCAAAUUGAUGCUGAAGAAGAUCGACUCCUGCUGGCCAACUUGUCUCCUGGAUGCACAGAGAUUUCAUCUUUAUCUGUGAUGGCUGACAAGUUGGUAUUCACUGACAGAGGUGCUCGACAAGUGAAGAUUAGGUCAAAUAAGCAGGUGACGGUCAUUGCUGGAUCCGGGGAAGAGCACAUGCGGGACGGAACUGGACGAAACUGUGGAUUUGUUCAAAUAUACGGAGUCUGUGUGGAGGCCAAUACUAUAUAUGUGACAGAUGGUGCCUGUGGUAAGGUCAAACUUAUAUCAGGACUUGGCGGAACGAUUCCAUUUUUGCAGUCUUUGGGGUCGCUGUACGACACAUUUAAGAUCCAUGUCAAAGGUUGUACAGCGACAGACUGCAGGCUCGAUGAAGCAGUCGCAAAUGUGGAACAGAUCAAAGUGAAGCAACACGGCAUCAUAAGAACAGCCAAGGAGAGCCAGGGCAUCACCCAACAGACCAAUGGACCACAGGGUACAAUCUCUGCAAAGACUGCUCUCUCCCUAGAGCUAUUAGAACAUGGGAUGAAGAAUAUGCAGCAAUUGGUAUUGGAGGUGAACCCUAACUUCAUUGAGAACAUCGACCUCACUACCUGUCUUACAACAGUUGUGGAAAAUCUUCAUGCUGUGUCCCACUUCAAGCACGAGACAUUUUCAGUCUUGCAAUAUGCAAGGGAUUUUGCCACCAUCCUCAAAGAGUCACUGAAGAGAACAACCAAAUGGGCUGCCAAGUAUUACACACACCCCAAGUCGUACUACCCAGUGCCUCAGUUGAACAUGGCUUUUCAGGAAAUUAAGUAUAUGUCACCAUUACCUGCAGCCGCGAAGAUCACUGUCCAGGAAGAAAAAGACAUGAAGGAAUGGGCAGAUCUUUAUCGACCAAUCCGCCAAAGGGCAGUGCGAGAUGACCACACCAAAGACAAAGCCGGAGUACUGCCCAUAGCUGUAUACGCCGCCAAGAAGCAAACAGUGUCCAAGAUAUUUCUGUCGGAUACUAGACCGGCUAUUGAGGUCGCCAAUCCAGGCACGGCUGACCAGACCACAGAUGAUGACGGCGGCAUUGCUGAAGUCGUCAAUCCAGGCACGGCUGACCAGACCACAGAUGAUGACGGUGGCACUGCUGAGGUCGGCAAUCCAGGCACGGCUGACCAGACCACAGAUGAUGACGGUGGCACUGCUGAAGUCGUCAAUCCAGGCACGGCUGACCAGACCACAGAUGAUGACGUUGGCACUGCUGAAGUCGUCAAUCCAGGCACGGCUGACCAGACCACAGAUGAUGGCGGAGGCACUGCUGAAGUCGUCAAUCCAGACACGGCUGACCAGACCACAGAUGAUGACGGUGGCACUGCUGUAACGCCUACAAGACCUAUAGUUACUGAUGAUGAAUAUGAGACCUCAUCAGAUGUGUCAGACUAUGAGGAGGAAAUCAUGAUGUGUGAGUUCAGAAGUAGGGCUCAACUUACCAGAUCUGGUAGAGCUGUGAAAGCUGCAAUUAGAUUAGAUUUAUAG